GCUUUCACUCAGCCCGCGAUAUUACCGGCGGACUGCUGUAUUCAGUCGUCUCUACAUAUUUAUUCAACUGUUCGUCACUAAAAAGAUAAAGGAAUCGGCCAAAAAUACUGAGUUACACGACGUUCGUAUCUUAUCGCAUCCACUCUAUUGAUCAUUCGGUAUAUAUCGUCGAAGGCUCGCCUUAUACGGACGACUCGACCACCUUUAUUGUCCAAUUUAACUUGCAGACGUGUACUCUUUUAUACUCGCGAUGUUACCGGUGAAGUCAUAAUGUGUGCGGUACAAAAAUAGAAAUACAGAGUUUACAGGAAAAUAGUAUCAAUAACAAAAGUGUUGCGGUUUGUAAUCGAACGGAAAUGGGCACGAAAUCGCCUACUAGUGUGAAGUCGCGGGAAAUGAUCGGCGUGGAUCAGUUCAGUCAGAGGCGGGAAGUGUUCGACCAACCCGACGUUGUGUACGUCCCGAUUCCGUCUCCCACCACCUUGACGCCGGUCUAUACGGAAGUGCAACCUAUCAUCACCUCAAACCACGGGAAGACGACGUCGAACUUCAAACGGAACAAUCCCGGUUACUCCAGUAUGAGGGAAUCAAAGACGGACGAACGAAACUACGAUUUUCGACCUCGAAAAUACUCAGAUAACUUUACAUCGGAAUUGAAUAAGAGUGACGACGUGGACUACAGGCACAGCACAUCAGAAAGGACCCGGCGCCUUUCUAAACUUAGAAGGGAUUUCCUGGCUUCAAAUUUACAUGACCCUAGUGAUCAGUCAUUCGUACGAAAUGGCACGAGAGCUUCUAUGCCGGUUAAACCCACGAGCCCAUUAAAUUAUAAAAUUGAAAGUCCUAAUCUAUAUAAAUUUCCUUUCGCCGAACCUUACACAUCACCGACACCUGUUCGUAGAGUUGUUGUAGAUUUAGGGUCAAACGGUACUGUGGACGGAAAGGAAAAUCAGGAUCCCGCUGUGAGAACAAAAUAUGAAAGUUUGCCGAAUAAUUACUCACCAACUACGAUCGAUCGUCAAAAAUUCUUUGAAGAAUUAAUUAAAAGAUAUUCACCACCGCGUAAACCAGUUGAUUGGACUCUACCUCCAACAAGACCCAGAGUUGUCUCCUCUGUUCCUAAAUCUAAUUCUAGCGUAUCUGAUGUUGUUGAUAAAAUUGAAAAACCGAAAUCCACGGAAAAUUAUGAAAACGAUGACGAAGUAUUCCAAAAGCAAGAAGACAAGCCACAUGUAGAAAUACUCCAGAACGGUCCUGAAUUAGUACUAGACACGAUAAAUAAAGAUAAAGUUAAAAAUGAAAAGGAUUCAAAACAAUCAUUAACAGAAUUAGCGGAAAAGAAUGAUCAUCUUUCGGAAUUAACAUCGGUGCAAAGACAAUUAAGUAAAGAUUCUCAUAAGAAACUUCACAUUGAAAACGAUUUGACCAUUCCAGCGUUGAUAGAGAAAAUUUCAACAGAAGGCGACAACUUGGAAAACAAUAGAAAAAGUACGAAAAAGGUGAAACGAAAGCGAAGUUUUCUAGAUAAGCUGUUGGGACGCAAUAAAAAUAAUACAGUGAAGUGAUAAUACAAAUUUUAACACUACCAUAAUUUACUACACACCUGCCAAAGAUUAAAUCAAGGUUAUGUAGGCAUAUGACGCCACAAUUGAUAUAAAGAUCGAUGGAAAAAGACAAAACUAAAGAUUAGUUUUACAUAAGUAACCAGCUUUUAUGAAUGAUAAGUAAAUGGUAUUUUUAUAAAAAUAAUUAAGGCCAGACUUCCUCUGUUUUUAUCUUAAUGCAAUUGGGUUUGGUUGGGUUAUCAAAAACGCUGAUAAAUGGAAGUGCCAUGUGACGCUAUCUGCCAAAUUCUGAGCGCGAUAAAGUUAUGACUUGAAGUAAAAUAUUUUUGUUUCGUUUCUAUCUACAAAGUUAUAUUCAGAAUUACAGUUAAUACGGAUCGCAAAUAAUACAAUAUUCAAUAAUUCAAUGCGGACUGCAAACAAACCCAAAUUAUUGACUGUAAAUAUGAGUUAUACGGUGCAAAAACAUAUUUCGAGGAAAAAUGGAAUUGUUAUUUAAAUUUUCUUUAAAUUUAUUUCUUUAUUUAAAUUAAAAAUACAACUAGACAUAGUUAAAAGUGUUUUUUUAUUUCUUAAAAAUAGUAUUCUUAUUUUUAUAAAAAAUAAUAGGUAGGUGCU